AUGGAUCCUGUCCCUCCCAGUCACCAGUCACCAGUCAGUCACAUGCAGAUGCAGGAGAAAAAGGGUUGUUUGGGACAACCAUGGUUCCAUGAUUCCAAGCCUCGAGACAGCGCCAUCUUCGCUACAUCACUCUCUCUUCACUUGGAAGUCGAGUUUUGCAAACAAUCUGAUAGAUUGUAG